GUUUGUUCUAACUGAAAUAUCACAGCUUUGUAAAACAGAUGCACAGUUGACUGUAAAGAGAAAUGGCAAUGGCUAGAUACAGGACAAUGAUGAAAUUCCUCAUCAGUGUUGGGAUCCUUUUCCAAGGGUGUGAUUCAGAUGUGAAAUGCCGGGAUGACAAAGGAAAAGAGGUGGACUGGUAUAUUCUAUACAAGUUGCCCCGUGGGAAGGAUGACGGUUUGUCAUAUCUGUACAUGGAUGAGAGCACCAACGGCUGGAAAGCCAGCAAAGAGACAAUCAACAGUAAAUCUAGCACUCUGGCGAACACCCUGAACCCUCUUCUUGAAUUCUACGACAGAAAGAUUGAAGGCUUUGGAUACAUGCUCUAUAAUGACCAACCUCCAAAACCAUACACGGCUUCUGCAUCAUUUGGCCACAGUAAAGGAGUUGUGAUGCUGGACAAAAAAACUGGAGUUUGGCUUUCACACAGUACACCAAAAUUUCCAACAUAUCACAGUAAAGACUUCUGGCCAGACAGUGGAACCGCUAAUGCUCAAACAUUUAUGUGCGUGACUUACUCUUAUAAUCACUUCAGAGAAAUAGGAUUGCAGCUGAAGUACAUCCAUGCUUAUUCAUAUGACUCUGACAUCCCGACAACCUUUCACAAAGAGCUGCAAUGUAUUGCACAGCGAAGCUGCUACCCAAAGAAGGAACCCUGGUUCCGUGUAAAGAUGCUGACUUCAAUGAAAGGACAUAAUUUCUCUAGCUUUGUGAAAUACACCCGUUUUCGGGAUGAUCUUUACUCUGGCCUUAUUGUGAACCAUUUGAAGCAGGAUCUCUACAUUAAGAGCUGGGGAAAGAUGCAUGACCCUCUGCCUUCUAACUGCAGCACAGACAUCCCUCAUCAUGUGUACAAUGUGAAGGAAGUAAAGCUCCUAAAGGGGAAGCCCUUCAGUGAUACUGUUGAUCACUCUAAGUGGUGUGUAACUUCUGGUGGUGGCUGGACCUGCAUAGCUGAUAUGAACAGGGAAGAGAGUCAGAUGAAAAGAGCUGGGGGAGCAAUAUGUACAGAUAAUGUUGCUGUUGGGAUGGCUUUCCAUGCACUGAUCAAACAGUAUGAACCAUGUAAACAUGACCUUCCACAUUCUGAGGCUCAACAUAGAGAGCUUUAAAGGCACAGGCCUUCGUGGAAAUGUAAGAAAAAGUAUAGCAGAUCUCCAAAAAAAUGUAUAAGAAAUGACUGGAGCCUGAUAUCACUUAAUAAUAACACUAACUACGCCAUUACAUAUCCAGAAUUGUUGGUUGCAAGCUUUACAUUUUGCACAAUGUGUUGGUGUAGUAUA